UUCGAGAAACCUGGAAGUCGAGAUGAAUUUGAUUACCCAGAUAUGGCUAAGGAGGCUGUGAAUAAUGCACUCAAAGAUGCUAAAAUCAACUAUGGAGAAAUUCAGCAGGCAUGUGUUGGAUAUUGUUAUGGUGACACAACUUGUGGUCAGAGAGCUCUUUACGAAGUCGGCAUGACAGGAAUUCCUAUUUUCAAUGUAAAUAAUGCAUGUUCAACUGGAUCAACAGCUUUGUUUAUGGCCAGACAAUUAGUGGAAGGAGGUUUGGCAGACUGCGUCUUGGCCUUGGGUUUUGAAAAGAUGGAAAAGGGUUCACUGACUCCUAAGUUUAUGGACCGUACUAAUCCAAUGGAGAAGCACGUUGAAGUGAUGGCAAGCGUGUUUGAAUUGGAGUCGGCCCCUUUCACGGCACAGAUGUUUGGAAAUGCUGGGAAAGAGCACAUGAAAAAAUAUGGAACAAAACCAGAGCACUUUGCCAAAAUCGCAUGGAAAAAUCACUUACAUUCCAUCAACAAUCCGUACUCACAGUUCCAGGAUCAGUACAGUAUGGAUCAGAUUUUGAACUCGCCGAUGGUUCACAAACCACUAACGAAGUUGCAGUGCUGUCCGACGUCAGAUGGGGCGGCUGCCGCAAUUGUCUGCAGCGCGGCGUUUGUGGAGAAACAUGGAUUACAGGACCAGGCGAUUGAAAUCGUCGCACAGGAGAUGGCGACAGAUCUGCCGAGUACUUUCAACGAGGGCAGUUGCAUGAAAGUGGUCGGCUACGACAUGACGAAGACAGCAGCUGAUCGGCUGUACCGCGGCGCCGGGGUGAAGCCAACAGACAUCGACGUGGUAGAGCUGCACGACUGCUUCUCGACUAACGAGCUGAUCAGCUACGAAGCACUGGGUCUGUGCGAACCAGGUGAGGCGGGCAGUAUGGUUGAUAGAGGCGAUAACACCUACGGUGGAAAGUACGUGAUAAAUCCAAGCGGUGGCCUGAUUUCCAAAGGUCAUCCCCUCGGCGCAACUGGUUUGGCUCAGUGUGCUGAGCUCUGCUGGCAGCUGAAGGGGCAGGCAGGCAAACGACAGGUGAAAGGAGCAAAGUUAGCUCUCCAGCAUAAUAUCGGUCUAGGUGGCGCUGUCGUUGUCACACUCUAUCGGCUUGGAUUCCCGGAGGCAGCUAGUGGGAGUUUGAGAGUGGUGACAUCACCAGCUGCAGAUAUGUCACCAGAGGGCUUCCGAGCAGCGCCCAUAUUCAAUCUUAUUCAGGAAGCUCUCAUGAAGGAUGGAGCAAACAUCGUGAAAAAAGUGAACGCCGUGUACCUGUUCAAAAUUACGGAGGGGCCCAACGGCAGUGAAGGACUUUGGACAGUUGAUGUGAAAAAUGGUAGUGGAUCUGUCAAAAUCGGAGGAGAUGGAGCCAAGCCGAAUGUAACACUGACAAUUUCCGAUUCGGAUUUCGUUGAACUUGCCGAGGGAAGGCUCAAGCCACAGGUGGCGUUUUUCCAGAAGAAAUUGAAACUUGCCGGAAACAUGGUGCUGGCCAUGAAGUUAAACAGUGUUCUGCCACCUGCGGGAACGGCUGUUUCCGUCACACAGACUCCCGCCAACGAAGGGUUCAAGGCAUCAUCAAUAUUUAAGGAAGUGGAAGAAAGGUUACGAAGGGAUGGUGAUAAAAUCGUUGGGAAAGUUAAAGGCAUCUACUUAUUCAAGGUCACAGGGGGACCUGCUGGGAAGGAUGCAAUGUGGCUGGUAGAUGUAAAGAAUGGAAAAGGAGCUGUUAAAUCCGGUGCAGGAAAAGCUGAUUGCACCAUCACAAUCAGCGAUGAGGAUCUGCUAAAGGUGGCAUCAGGAAAGCUUAGUGCGCAAACGGCAUUCUUUUCGAAGAAAUUAAAGAUUGCUGGCAACAUUGGACUUGCUAUGAAAUUAAAGGAAGUUCUACCAACACCUGGACAAGCAAAGUUGUAAUAACCGGCCAACACAUUUGAGAUACUAUGGUCAAGACUGUGGUGAGUUAGUAACCAGGUUAUAAAAGGAGAAAGAUUUAUUAUGGUAAUUCUAAUAAGAAUACUUCUAUUCUCUGCGAAGGUCAAGGAACGUCAGUCUAUGAGAUGUUUACUCUUUAAAAAAUUAUUGCACAUUCCAAUUUAAUCGCUGUGCAUACACAGGCACUUGCAGCAAUUCAGCCUACAGUCAUGCCACACACACCGCUGCACAUUUACACUUAGAUAUAGUAUAUAUGUGUGUAUAUAUAUAUAUACAUACAUAUAUACAUGUGUGUGCGCGUGCGUGUGCGCGUGCGUGUGCGUGUGCGUGCGCGCGUGUGCGUGCGUGUGAAAAUGUGCAGCGACGUGCAUGUGGCUCCAAGUGCCUGUGUCCGUACUGUAGUUUUAUGGUUUAUGGUUUACUCUAGUCUUUAUUCAGUAUUAAUUAAUAUAAUUCGGUGCUUGGUCUCUCAACCUCAAUGUUAUGAAUUGUAAGCAAUUGUCAUGAGUGUUGAUUUAUGUUAAUCAUACCAAUUUGAAAUAAAAUCUGUGAUAUUUAUGGUGAA